UUUGUGUCUCGUGCUGUUUAUUUUAGCUCGUGUUACUUCCGCCUGUGACUCCUCCCACCAGUCUCAGAUAAAAGCCCCAGCAGUCGGCUCUCUCAGGAGGAGACUAGCCGACCCUACAGGAUGUUUUCAGAGCUCGAGUGCGGAGUUUGUUACCGGACCUACAACGCGGCUCGCCGCUGUCCCCGGGAGCUCCACUGCCACCACAGCUUCUGCGAGAGCUGCCUCCGGGCUCUGAGCUGCCCGCUGGCCCCCGGAGAAGGGCCACGAAUGGGGGCCGACCGCUCCAUCAGUUGCCCGCUGUGUCGACACCCCACGCUGCUCGCCGCCGAGGGGGGCGUCAGGGCCGAGCUGAGGGUGGACGAGACCGUCCUGGAGCGGCUGCUGGCGGCCGGUGUCCUCGACAGAGAGGAGGAUUCGGAGGAGGACCGCGACGAGGAAGAGAAUGAGGCGGAGGUGCCAGAAAGUCAAGCCGAGCAGGGUGAAUUUUCAGCGGACGUCAGAGGUGGGAGGCUCCGGCGGUCCUGGAGGAAAGUGUGGAGGAAGGUCAGCGGGCGGAGGGAAGCCUGCAUGAGCAACGAUGAGUUCAGGGCCCUGGCCAUGAUGUCCAGCUACAUGUUCUGAUUGGUGCACCCUGGACAAUGCGACGCUAUUAAAGUUCAACGUUUCUCCCACAGACUGAGGAAGAUGAUGAUGAGACUUUGCUGUAGAGAAAGAAUGAUUAAAAAUGUAUUUCCGUGCGUUUGUUUGCUAAAUUCUGACUGUUUAACAGUGUUUCACUAUAUUAGGGAGAUGUUUCACUGCCUAAGUCCACGCGGAUGUAUUUAAUAUUUAUUUAAAGUUUUUAUAAAAUGUGUAUUAUAUUUUUUUUACCUUUUGUGUUUAAGAACAAAUAAAUGACUUGUUUUUAUUCUCAA